AUGUUAUCUUCAAAUUUCAUCUUAUAUUGCACUGGUAUUCUCUCCGCUGUGAGUGUAUGCAAUGCAUUUGCAGUCCCUCCAGAAGCGCAUCGACCUGCCAAAACUGCCAACUUGAGUCCAAUCCCCACUGAAGCCCCCAAAAAAUGGGUUCAUCCUGGUGUUUUUGUCAGUGCGAAACAGCUAGACUUCAUUGGCAAGAAAGUUGCUCAUAACGAGGGGCCAUGGAGCAAUGCAUUCACCAGCAUGAUGAACUACAAUUACUCUUCUCCAACAAGAACUGCAGUUCCGUACAAGACUGUUGAGUGUGGGCCAACAUCCACGCCCAAUAUUGGCUGCUACCAGGAGCGUGAAGACUCCAUGGCUGCGUACAUCAAUUCGCUAGCAUACUGGAUCACCAAGGAGAACAAAUACGCAAAGAAGGCAAUUGAAUACAUGGACGCUUGGUCCAGCACGAUCCAAGGCCAUGCCAACUCAAAUGCUCCAUUGCAGGCGGCUUGGUCUGCUGCCAACUGGGUUCGUGCGGGUGAAAUAAUGCGUUAUGCCCCCGGUGGACACUGGUCAAAGAAGGGUAUCCAGCAAUUUGCAGAUAUGUUGACGAAAGUCUAUCUUCCGAUUAUUUUGCCGGGCGAUGCGGCCAAUAACGGCAAUUGGGACUUGGUCAUGAUGGAGUCGUCCAUCGGCAUUGCGGUAUUUACUGAAAACAAAACUACAUAUGAGGAUGCUAUGGGCAAGUUUGCCGGCCGAGUCCCUGCCUAUAUCUACCUCACCUCGGAUGGCCCAUACCCAGUACCUGGCCGAGGCAUAGAGGACACCCCGUCGGCACUCAUCAAAUAUUGGCAAGGACAGCAGUACUUCAACGUCAGCGGUCUUACACAAGAGACUUGCCGUGAUUAUGCUCAUACAAGCUACUCAAUCGCAUCCAUGUCGCAUGUUGCCGAGACGUCUCGAAUCCAGGGUAAAGAUCUGUGGCUCACGAAUUUGGGAGUACGAGUGAAAGCCGCUUUGGAACUGCAUUCAUCGUUUGAAACCGGAGAAGAACCUAUUCCCUCCUGGAUUUGUGGUGGACAGAUUGCCCGGUCUAUGGAUCCAGUUUUGGAACCCCCCUAUAAUGCACUUGCUUAUCGCAUGCACGAGUCGAUGCCUCAUACGCGUAAAUUCCUGGAGGAACAGCGACCAGCCGAGAUUGGAGAGCCUGAGCCAUUGUUUAUUGGAUUUGAGACCGUGACGAACGCCGAGAUUCCGUUUUAG